CAUUCGGUACGCGACCGUCGUCGCGUGCGGACGUGUUACGUUGUAUCUGUUUAAAUGUUUUCAAUCGAUAUACGAAUAAUAAUCGAAGUGUCCGCAGUGAUUAUAUAUUAUAAUUUAUUUCUUUAUAAAAUAAUCGAUUAUAUAUUAAUUAAUCUAUUGGACGUUGGACGUUUGUUGAGUUUGGAUAUUGAUGAUGAUAUUUGAUAUGGAUUAACUUAUUUUUAUAUAUAAUUAUUUAUUCAAUCUGUGAUACUAGUGUUAUUGUUAUUUAUUUCAUUUUACGGUUAUUAAAAAUGGCGGAAAGAAGCGGAGUGAUAACAAUUCAUCGUAUGCGUCUGCACCGUUGUGAAAGCUGCCUCGCGGCCUGCCGGCCCGAGCGCGGCUCUCCCUCCAGGACACUCGUCAGGAGUAAUCAAUUGAAAAAAACGAGACGGUCGCCGUACAAAGCGCCGCCUCUUAUCAAAGAAAUCAAAAUGGCGGAAUCUGGACCGCCCACACCCCCUGACAACAAUGCACCGCCGAUGCCCUGGUUCGGUAUGGACAUCGGGGGCACACUCACGAAGCUCGUAUACUUCGAGCCCCGUGAGACGAACAGGCGGGAGUUGGACAAGGAGACGGAAAUAUUGAAGAAUAUAAGGCGAUACUUGACGAGGAACUCGGCGUACGGUAAAACGGGACGGCGGGACGUCCAUUUACAGAUGGACAAUGUAACCAUACGAGGUCGACGAGGUACCCUCCACUUCAUCCGGUUCCCGACGAGCGAAGUCGGGGCGUUCCUCCAGCUCGCCCGCUCCAAGGGUAUGGCGGCUCUCGUCAACACUAUAUACGCGACUGGCGGAGGUGCUUACAAAUUCGAAGAGGAUUUCAUUAAGGAAGUAAACAUGCGUCUGUCAAAACUGGACGAACUCGACGCGCUCAUAGCUGGAGUGCUGUUCGUGGACUCCAUGAACCCUCAGGAGUGCUACUACUGGGCGCCGCCCGAUCAGGGCACGAACAGCAAGGACACGCCGUACUUAGAACCAGCCCUGAGCCAGUACUCGAGGAAGCCCUUCGAUUUCUCCAAUCCCUAUCCGUUUCUGUUGGUGAACAUCGGCAGCGGGGUAUCCAUGUUGGUUGUGAACGCUCCCAACGACUACUACAGAGUUAGCGGGACCAGUCUCGGCGGUGGUACGUUCCUCGGUCUCUGCUGCUUGCUGGCCGGCUGCAGCAGUUUCGAGGAAGCGAUCGCCCUGGCGGCGUCCGGUGACAACACGACGGUCGACAAACUGGUGCGCGACAUAUACGGGGGGGACUAUGAGCGGUUCGGCCUGAGGGGUGACUUGGUAGCGAGCAGCUUCGGCCACAUGUGCUCGUCGGAGCGGCGCGCGCGCGUGUCCCGCGAGGACCUGGCGCGCGCCACGCUGGUCACCAUCACCAACAACAUCGGCUCCAUCGCGCGCCUCUGCGCCUCCAACGAGCGCCUCGAGCGGGUGGUGUUCUGUGGCAACUUCCUCAGAGUGAAUCCGCUGUCUAUGAAACUACUGUCCUACGCGAUGUCCUACUGGUCGAGGGGUGCUCUCAAAGCGCUGUUCCUCGAACACGAAGGAUAUUUCGGAGCCGUCGGCUGUCUCCUGCACUAUGACAGUAAAAACCAUAAACAAGAGAACGUAUCGCGACACGCCACCCCCCCGGACUGCAGACACGCCGACAGAUGAGCCAAACCGUGUAUAUAUGUAUAGAUACAGUAUAUAUAUAUAUAUAUGUUUGUGUGUGUGGGAAUAUACGUCUGUAUAGACCAGAUUGCAUAGAUGAUGCUUUCAGCUUUAUAAGUUUUAAAAGAUAAAGUAACGAAUAGGAACGGGACGCAUAUUCGAUGUGUUCGGAUGCUUCGUCGAGCGUUCGUAUUCAAUUUACUUUUUAGCUAAAAUGCUAGACGUAUCUGAUAUAUUUAUGUUAGAGUCGAAUCCAUUAGUAAUCAUUUCAAGUCUUGAUAUCAUUCUUUUUUAAAUUCUUGAUGAUGUGUUAUGUCGAAACACGAUAAACUUUUGUCACAAAAUUGUAAUGAUGCGUCACAGACGAUAUUCAAACUCGAUGAAAACCUUAUUCGGUACAUCACUAGUAUAAGUACAGUCCUGUAAUUUAUUACAGCUAUCGAAUAAAAUUUUAGGAAAAUUAAAUGAUUUCAAAAUAUACGUGACUUGAUAAAGGCUAUUAAACUGUCUGUAACCUGUUCCAAUCGAAGUAGGAAUAGAUAUAAACAAACUUUAGAUUUACGUAUUCCGUGCGAUUUGUUAAUAACUCAGCUAUAUCCGUACACUACAAACAGUUCUUGAUUAAUAGAUAUAUAUUUAUAAUAACAACACUGUUCCACUUAAGUACUUAUAUACAAUAUUUUACUUCCAAAGCUCCAAUAACAACUAGUGACAUUCAAAACGCCACGCCAAUCACAGAUUAAUAAGAUCUCGACCAAUCAUGCCAUUGCAUUUCAAGGUCAAAGAAACUUAGUUCUAGAUAUGACCUUGAGAUUACAUAGUCUACGACUAAGAUGUGUCUAACUCAAAGCACUUAUUUAAACUAAGCGAACCGUCGGAGUUAGCGACACGAUCGCCUCGUUUAAAUGUAAUUAAUCCUAUCCCAUACUUCAUCUACUUUAAUUAGCCAUUCAAUUACAUUACAUUACAUUAACAGCCUGUAAAUUUCCCACUGCUGGGCUAAGGCCUCCUCUCCAUUUGAGGAGAAGGUUUUGGAGCAUAUUCCACCACGCUGCUCCAAUGCGGGUUGGUUGAAUACACAUGUGGCAUAAUUUCGUUGAAAUUGACACAUGCAGGUUUCCUCACGAUGUUUUCCUUCACCGUCAGCACGAGAUGAAUUAUAAACACAAAUUAAGCACAUGAAAAUUCAGUGGUGCUCGCCUGGUUUUGGACCCGCAAUCAUCGGUUAAGAUGCACGCGUUCUGACCACUGUGCCAUCUGGGCCCAUUAAAUUUUUAAUUAUCAACAUUUAUUAAUACAUAGAAUACCUUAUCGGUUUGAACUCACCUGUAAUUAAAAAUUUGCCUGUUAUUAGUUUAGAAAAUAAUGUAAUUAUACUUAACCUUCAAUUUUAGAACAUUCUUCAAUGCAGGAACAUCUAAUCGAGAUGCUAGUCCGUUAAUUGAACGGAAUUAAGCAAGUCGUGUGAUAACUAUAUUUUUUAUAAAAUGUUUCGUCUUCUUCGUCGGAAUGUAAAAUUACUGAUGCUUGAAAGAGACAAAUCGGCGUCUAACGGUUCGUUUAACAACUAUUUCUAUGAAAGAUUUUUUUUUAGGACAUAAUUCAAAAUCUCUUUUAAAUUGAGUUUUAUUUCUUUUUGUUUUUUUUUUUUUUUUAAAUAUAAGAAUUGUUGUCAUAUCAUACUGCACAAAUUUCAAUAGUUCUGUUGUAUAGAAGUAUGUUUCUUUAUAUUUAAAUAAUUUUUUUUAAAAAAAUUGCUCGUUAGUGCAAAUGUCUUGUUGCUGUGUUUUAUAGUUUCUUUUAUAAAUAGAUUGCCUUAAAAGUUAUAUUGUUUUAAUAAAAGAUUAGUAAAUUAUCGGUGUUUAUGCUAUCCUAGUAAACUACUUUAUUUAUUGAGCAAGCGAGCAAGUGCAUGUCUUGUUGGUAAGCUGUUUCCAUACCAAACUUAACAUGGGCAAUGUUCUGUGAAUCUUGGGAACUAAGAUGUCUCCCUUGUUACUGGAAUUACACUGCAAUGUGGAUGAACUUGCACAUUACUCAACCGUUGGGUUAAAUGCUAAUAGGAAUCUUUAUUUUUUGAACUCACAGUAAUAAUAAAUUUAAAUGGUCUGCUAAGUGUGACCUUCAAGUUUAAAAUUAAUAAUAUUUAAUCUAUUGAAUUUGUUAUUAAAUACUAGCCGUUCGUUUCGAGAUGGCCGGUAAUCCCGCUCAAACCCGCUGAGUACGGCUAGCAAUACAUACAGGAAACGCAAGCAAAUAAUUAUAUCAAAAUGUGUAAUGCUUCAUUACAUCCCUUACAAAAAAUGUUAACAGUUGUGCCUAUAGUCAUUUUUUAAUGACCAACGACUGCCAUCUUGAAAUGAACGGGUAGGUUUAUAUUUCAUAGUUUCACAUAGGACAGUAUGAAAUGAAAGAAUAAUGAAUUUAGGCAAGUUGCUAUGUCCUGAUGUUUACUUUUUUAUGAUAGCUACAGACAGACAAAGAAACACUUAUAGUUCUACGAAGAGUUAAAAUGCAAAAGAUUGAUAUAUUCGUUUUAUAUUUAACAUAUUUUUUUUAUAUAUUAAUAAAUAAUUAUUGUUAAAUGUUUUGUCUAAACGAACAAUUAUUAUCGAAUAUAAUAUUAUUAUGUCAUUGUAUAAAAAAGGAUAUUUUAUUAAUUUUCAAUUUCGAAGUAAGUAUUUAAUUUUUAUAUUAAUUUUAAUAUAUGUUAGAUAUAUGGCAAUGUAUUAAAUAUUUAUAUAUAAUGCUUGAUUGAACGACGCAACAAUUAAAAGUAUUAUAAGGUUUUUGUACGCAAUAGCUAUAUGUCAAAUCGCUAUGAAGUUUCGCGCCAAAAGUUGACAUUGUCUUUGAAGUUUUAAGUAAUUUAUUUUAGAGAAUUUUCUAGUUAUAUAUUGUUGUUUUACCCGCUUAUAUAGAUACAAUUUAGUUUUUCUGUAACGUUUAAGGGGGUCAGCUGAUGUACGGUUUCAGAGAGGUAUUUUUUUUCUAGUGUAUUGUACGGAACGAGGGGCUCUGUACGGGCUAUUUUGGACAUUUUGUAUAAUUAUUAUAAAUAAAAAUGUAAUAUUAAA